AGCAAACUGAGAAAGCUGCUGAGGGAGGCACAGCGGGGUGGCUGUGCUGAGGUCUUGCCCGCGCUGGGGUUCUCACGGAGAAUCCCCUUUCUCUCUGAAUUGCUUUUGGAGUGGAUUUCUGUACAUGGCCUUGGUACUUGGGUUCGGGCAGCCCGUCGGGGCCCAGCCUCUGCCAGGACUCUGCCAAGGCGAGCUCAUUCGGACAAACGCAUGUGACGUGUGCAACAGCACCGAUCUUCCGGAAGUCGAGAUCAUCAGCCUGCUGGAGGAGCAGCUGCCCCAUUAUAAGUUAAGAGCCGACACCAUCUACGGUUAUGACCACGACGACUGGCUCCAUACACCCCUCAUUUCUCCAGAUGCCAACAUUGACCUCACAACCGAGCAAAUCGAAGAGACGCUGAAGUACUUCCUUUUAUGUGCUGAAAGAGUUGGCCAGAUGACUAAGACGUAUAAUGACAUAGAUGCUGUCACUCGGCUUCUUGAGGAGAAAGAGCGGGAUUUAGAACUGGCUGCUCGGAUCGGCCAGUCGUUGUUGAAGAAGAACAAGACACUAACGGAGAGGAACGAGCUGUUGGAGGAACAGGUGGAACACAUCAGGGAGGAGGUGUCUCAGCUCCGGCAUGAGCUGUCCAUGAAGGAUGAGCUGCUUCAGUUCUACACCAGCGCUGCGGAGGAGAGCGAGCCUGAGUCCGUGUGCUCCACCCCGUUGAAGAGGAAUGAGUCAUCCUCCUCUGUCCAGAAUUACUUCCAUCUAGAUUCUCUUCAGAAGAAGCUGAAGGACCUUGAAGAGGAGAACGUCGUACUUCGAUCGGAGGCCUGCCAGCUGAAGACAGAGACCAUCACCUACGAAGAGAAGGAACAGCAGCUGGUCAACGACUGCGUGAAGGAACUGAGGGACGCCAACGUGCAGAUCGCCAGUAUCUCAGAGGAGCUGGCCAAGAAGACUGAGGAUGCUGCCCGCCAGCAGGAGGAGAUCACACACCUGCUGUCACAGAUAGUCGACUUGCAGAAGAAGGCAAAAGCUUGCGCGGUGGAAAAUGAAGAGCUGGUCCAGCACCUGGGGGCCGCUAAGGAUGCCCAGCGGCAGCUCACGGCCGAGCUGCGCGAGCUGGAGGACAAGUACGCCGAGUGCAUGGAGAUGCUUCACGAGGCGCAGGAGGAGCUCAAGAACCUCCGCAACAAGACCGUGCCCAACACCACAUCCCGGCGCUACCACUCGCUCGGGCUGUUCCCCAUGGACUCCUUGGCAGCGGAGAUCGAGGGGACGAUGCGGAAGGAGCUGCAGCUGGAAGAGCCCGAGUCUCCGGACAUCGCGCACCAGAAGCGAGUCUUUGAGACGGUGAGAAACAUCAACCAGGUCGUCAAGCAGAGGUCUCUGACCCCAUCCCCCAUGAACAUCCCAGGCUCCAACCAGUCCUCAGCCGUGAACUCCCUCCUCUCCAGCUGCGUCAGCACCCCCCGGUCCAGCUUCUACGGUAGUGACGUUGGCAACGUUGUCCUGGACAACAAGACCAACAGCAUCAUCCUGGAAGCAGAGUCCGAGGACCUGGGGAACGACGAGCGGAGCAAGAAGCCCGGGACGCCGGGCACUCCGGGCUCCCACGACCUGGAGACCGCGCUGCGGCGGCUGUCCCUCCGCCGGGAGAACUACCUCUCGGAGCGGAGGUUCUUCGAGGAGGAGCAGGAGCGGAAGCUCAGGGAGCUGGCGGAGAAGGGCGAGCUGCUCAGCGGCUCCCUCACGCCCACGGAGAGCAUCAUGUCCCUCGGCACCCACUCGCGCUUCUCCGAGUUCACCGGCUUCUCGGGCAUGUCCUUCAGCAGCCGCUCCUACCUGCCCGAGAAACUCCAGAUCGUGAAGCCGCUGGAAGGCUCUGCCACCCUUCACCACUGGCAGCAGUUGGCCCAGCCCCACCUAGGGGGCAUCCUGGACCCCCGGCCCGGUGUGGUCACCAAGGGCUUCCGGACACUGGACGUUGACCUGGAUGAAGUGUACUGCCUUAACGACUUUGAGGAAGAUGACACAGGUGACCACAUUUCCCUCCCGGGCCUAGCUACCUCCACGCCAGUUCAGCACCCAGAGACCUCAGGACCCAAGCGGGGCCCGAUGGGUCUGGAAGGCAAUCUCCGAUUCCCAGACCCUCAGGUGUGGGAAAGGUUCGCGUUUAUCUCCACGGAGAGAGUGGACCGCGCAUUCCCACCCUGAUGGGAAGACGUUCCAACCAGCCCUCGUCCUGCAGCGGUGACAAGAGUUGGAUCCUUGUGCACAGGCAGAUGGUCGGCUCACCCACCCGUGUUAGGCGAUGCUAAGGAAGGCCCCGUGCUCUUGCCUUGGGAUACCUAUAAAACUGGUGCAUGAAACAGGCCCACUGCGACCCGGAAGUGGGAAAAUGAAUGAAAAGAGGUCGUUGACUCCUUCCAGACCAACAGCUGGAGUCAACCCCGCUUACAAUGUCCUGAACAAGCUUGCUCUUUGCGAGCGCUCUCUCGAUGGCAGCAUCACCUCUGAAGACCACAGGAGGGCGCUCCCGUGCUCCAGGAGCACCCCCAUGGACCGCAGAGGACAGUGCGCAGGGGGACACUUCGCGGAGGAGGGAGCGCUGCAGUGGGCGUCGCUGCAGUGGGCGUCGUUGGCGGGAUGAGCGGUCCAGCAGCACCGCCAAGAGGCGGGCGGGGGAAGCGCGCUCCUGAACUGGCUUGGAUGGGUCUCCAGCAGCAGUGGGUCUCUGGUGCAGCUUGGCCAGACCACCAGCUCCCACGCUGGUGGACGUCUGCCACAGGAGGGACAAGAGGACAGGGUGUAGGGUCCAGCUUUAUUGGCAGCCACAGGAUCCAAAGAGACUUUUUCAUUUUGUCCCUUUGACAUUUUAACUACAUUAAAAAAAAGAAAAAAAGUCUUUCUCCAGAACAUAUUUCAGCGGCCACUUGUGGAGAAUUUCUGCCCCUCUCUGAAUGACACUGUUAGAGUGUUCAUCUGUUAAAUCACUUACUUCUUAGAUGAAACAGGGAGUAGACAGCUUGGCACAGUGGGCAAAAUUGACUUUUAAUUGUUUUAAUUUUGUAGGAACAAAAAAUAAGUUGUAUGGAAACCAGAAGAAGAUCUUGUGUAGUUCACAAAUCUGUGAUAGAAUCCUCCCAGUGCCUGCAGGCCCAGGUCUGCAUCAGGGACUCAGGGGUCCCUGUUGAGCUGUAGGAGCAGACGAGAGCCAUGUUGAAGAAAUGCUGAAGAGGCAGAGAACGAGAGUAGCAGGUCCAUGUUAAGCCUGGAUCUAAGGGCUUAAGAAAUGUUGCACUUCUGCAACAUUAUUUGGCUUAAAAUCACUUUUAUCUUCUUUUUGUUUUUUUAAAGGGUGAAAACGACAGUAUUGUAUUUAGAAACUUGGCUUCCAUCCCCAGAGAAAAACUCUUAUUAGAGACACAUGAAGCCCAGACACAAUACUGAUAUUAAUGAUGAGGCACAGGGUACACAAAGGCAUUAUGAAGCUUUUCCCACGUGCACUCAUCAUGGAACUUUUUUUUUUUUCCCCAGAAAAAUUCAUGGGCAGAGUAUAAAGAAGUGACAGGAAAAGUCUUUAAAGCAUUUUCCUGUAUCCUGACAUUUUAGUCUUUCAGGAAGAAUUCAGAAGCCUUGCUUUUGCCUUUUUUAAGAAAUGGGAAAGUAACUGACAGCCAAAGACACCCCCGCCCCCAAUAUGCUUACUCUUUGAACAAAAAGUAACAAAGUUGUUAGAAGCUAGUCAAAAGGUCAAGACAAAAAGACAAAAGGUAUGGAUGCUCUUAGUUCAAGUCACAAUCUUAAACUGGAUGGACAGUGGCUUCUGUUUUCAGUGGGUUUGGUUUGGCUUGGAUAGAAAAGGCCAGCCCAUGGGUACCACUGUUGAUGUGGUGGAAGCUUCUGGAACCUUAGGGGGCAGGGUCGGGGGGGGGGGGAGAGAAGAUGCGUCCGUGUGGGGGGGGGCUAAUGAGUUCAUAGAAAUUGCAAAGCAGAUCUAAAUCAUGUGACCUCAGCUUCACCCUAGGUGUUUAAGUUAAGAAGAGGAAAUUGUCAGGCAUUUUGUUCAUUUUACACAGGUUUGGCCGCUUCCCAUGAAAAAGGGGAAAGAGAGUGUGGAAAAUGUUCAGUGCAUCACAAAGACAGUCCUCUUUUUCCAAGAUUUAGAGAGGCGUUUGUAAUUUUGACUUUCAAGAAGUUGUUUAUGUUAGCAAAAAACGUAGCCUGGGUGUGUGGUGUGGCCAGGUUUCUCCAUCUUUAGAGAGCCCCUUUGAAGCAGCCUCGCAUGGGUGUGUAUUUUGCAACUCCGCUAGAAAUCUCCAGGUGCAGACAUACUCUUUGGCAUCUGUGUGGGUCACAUAAGGGCUCUUUCAAGGACUAGGUGCCAUGCUGGCUUUUACUGGGGCGAGUUUCUGUUCUCCCUUUCCCUGUGGAUGGGGGAUGGAAUGUGCCAUUGGGAUUGACUGAGAUGCAUGAGUUGGUAUAUCUGAAUCACAUCAUGUGGACGGGAGAGGCUGGUAGUUUCCGUCAGGCUUCAGGUCCUCACCAGAACAACCCCACCUUGUCUGUGCUCCUUUUCUCUCCUCACAAUUAGAGCAGGGGCCCUGCAGUCAUCCAGAUCUGCAUAGCACACUUGCAGAUAACCCCCAGUAUAGUCUCAGGGCCAUCCAGGGAGGCAGCCCCAGCUCUCUGGAGACUGUGGGCCCCGUCAGCAGCAUUCCAGGCACCCAGUUUCCAAUCAGUACUGAGCACCCUGCGCCUGCCAGAGGAGCACAGCCCAUCGGAACCAUUUACCAAGUGCACCUGCCCCAGGCAGAACAUGUACAGGGUCUGCUCAGAGAGCAAGCAAGCAGGCUGACCCUUGUCCUUCAAAAGCCUUCCUAUGCCCUAGCCUGCAGCUAGCUGAAGGGGUGUGCCUGUGUGUGCUGUAUUCAGAAAAAAACCAAAAAACGACUGCAUGCUAGGCACCUGUAUGUAGUUCACCAACACAGAAGAUCUUGAAUAAUCAAGGAUUAACUAAGUUUGUAGGUUCUUGUCGAUAGAUUCGGAUUUUGUACUAGUGUCAGAACCUGGUGGGAAAGGAACAGACAAAAAUAAUGUAGGAUUAAAAAAUAAUAUUUAAAAAAAAUUUUUUUUAAAUAUGUAGGAUUAGGGGAUGCUUGAUGGAAGCUCUUUCCAGUGUGACUACUCUAACCCGUGUAAUAUUCUCUGCUCACAACACCACGGGGCCCUGUAGUCCAGACCAAGAAAAAAGGAUGGAAGUAGGAAGCUGGAGCAUUAAAUCCAAGAAAGCCCAUUCUUCGGAGGCCCCAAGUGGGCAG